CAAAGUGAUAUGUGUAUAGUGAGUGAUGAGAAAUAUUAACAAAUCUAUAAAAAUUAAGUGAACAGAAAAACAUUAGGCAACAUGCCAGCGCAAGAAAUUGCUAUUCUACAGCCUCCGGCAACCGAGAAUGAAGAAAAUAAUGCACCUUCAUCUCAGCCGAUCGUGGGCAUUAUUUACCCUCCACCGGAGGUUAGAAAUAUUGUUGACAAGACAGCCAGUUUUGUGGCCAGAAAUGGACCAGAAUUUGAAUCAAGAAUCAGACAAAAUGAAUUGGGAAAUCCAAAAUUUAAUUUUUUAAACUUUGGUGAUCCAUAUCAUGCAUACUACCAACAUAAAGUAAAAGAAUUUAAGGAAGGAAAAGGUCAAGAACCUACAGUAGGAUUAGGGCUUGGAAAAACAGUUACUCUUGCUGCUCAUCAAAAACAGCAAGAAAUUUUGAAACAAGUUGAACAACCAUUUGUUCCAAAAGAUCCACCUGCAGAAUUUGAAUUUAUUGCUGAUCCACCUUCUAUUUCAGCUUUAGAUUUGGAUAUUGUAAAAUUGACAGCACAAUUUGUAGCUCGUAACGGUCGUCAAUUUUUAACCAAUUUGAUGAAUCGGGAACAGAGAAACUUCCAAUUUGACUUCUUACGUCCGCAACAUUCUUUGUUUCAAUACUUUACAAAAUUAUUGGAACAAUAUACUAAAGUAUUGAUUCCACCUAAAGAUCUAUUACCACGUCUCCGCGAUGAAGCAGCUAAUAUGGAUAAAAUUUUGGAGCAAGUAAAAUAUCGCGCUGAAUGGUUGAAAUAUCAAGAAGCUCAAAGACGCAAAGAAGAAGAAGAAUUGGAGCGCGAACGAGUUGCUUAUGCACAAAUAGAUUGGCAUGAUUUUGUCGUUGUCGAGACUGUUGAUUACCAACAAUUUGAAGUUGGUAAUUUCCCAGCACCAACAACACCAGAUGAAGUUGGUGCUCGCGUGCUUAUGCAGGAAAGAAUAGAAGAAGGUGAAGACGUUGAAAUGCAGAUCGACAGUGAAGGAGAAGACGAAAUGCAAAGUCGUGCCGAAGGUGAAAAAGAUCGCGCAAAGGAUAACAACCAAGUACAAGAUAUGGAGGAGGAUUCAAGCGAUGAAGAUGAUGUAUCACCUCCAGGUGAUACUCAUAAAUCGAAAGAAUCGAAACCACGCGAUAGUAAUAAUAUGCAGCCUCCACCAUUGCCACCGACUCCAGGAAAUGUUGUAGUGAAGAAAGGAUAUGAUCCUAAACAACACGCAAUUAAAACUACGCGUCCUGCUGCUCCUGAUGAAUAUUUGAUAUCUCCGAUUACUGGAGAGCGUAUACCUGCCAGUAAGGUUCAAGAACACAUGCGUAUUGGAUUAUUGGAUCCACGUUGGGUAGAACAGAGAGACAAACAUCUCGAUAAAUUAGCUCAAGAAACAGUAUUCGCACCUGGCACAGCGAUUGAAGCCAGUUUGAAACAACUUGCCGAGAGACGUACCGAUAUCUUUGGUGUUGGUGACGAAGAAACCGCUAUUGGUAAAAAGAUUGGAGAAGAGGAUAAGAAAAAAGAUGAUAAAGUCACGUGGGAUGGACACACAUCGAGUGUUGAAGCAGCAACCAGAGCUGCCAGAGCAAAUAUUACUUUGGAAGAACAAAUUCAUCAAAUACAUAAAGUUAAAGGACUUCUUCCGGAUGAAGAGAAAGAAAAGAUUGGGCCGAAACCCGCUAAUCGUGCAGCUGAACUGUCACACAUGGCAGCGGCUGCUUCAAAACCUCAAGCUACAUUGAAGGCACCACCGAAACCACCAGCUCCCAAACCUGUACCAGUUCCAACACAACCACCACCACCGCCCACCAUGAGUAUGCCUACUAUGGGUAUUCCUCAACCAAUGAUGCCGCAAGCACCGAUGAUGAUGAUGGCUCCUAUGCCUCCGAUUCGACCACCACCGCUUAUGACGCCAGCAAUGUCACCAUUUAUGCCAACACCACCACCUAUGCAACCACCAAUGGCAUCCGCCGUAAGUAUUUACGAAAUUGGAAUGAAGCAUCCUUCUGAAUCUAUGGAAGAAGAACCUCAAACUAAAAAGUUAAGAACUGAAGAUUCAUUAAUACCUGAACAACAGUUCUUGGCAAGAAAUAAGGGACCUGUACAAUUGAAUAUUGCUGUACCAAUGAUGACAGAAAAGGCAGAAUGGAAGUUGAAUGGUCAAACAUUGAAUAUUACUUUGCAAUUAAGUGACACUGUGGCUACAAUGAAAGCUCUUAUUCACGAACAAACGGGUAUGCCACCUGGCAAACAGAAAUUACAAUACGAGGGUAUGUUUUUCAAAGAUAGCAACACUCUUGCAUACUAUAAUUUAGCAUCUGGCAAUGUAAUUAAUCUUCUACCAAAGGAGAGAGGUGGUAGGAAAAAGUAAAACCAAAAAAUACAUAAUGCAUUUUAAACGUUUCACAUUGCCUUUAUCUA